AUGGAACAGACACCCUCGAACUUUGAGGGCGACACAUCGUAUCGUGUUGAGCGUUCGGCGCCGGAUAUCGAAGGCUUCUGUCAUCACUAUGCCCUGCGCCGGCACAAGUACGAGGAGAGGGCAAACCUAGGAUCCCUCCAAUGCCGGGCACACUGGGUGAAGUAUAUCGGUCCGAUCGAAAGAUGGGGAAGCUGCAACCCUUACGAAGGACAUUUCGGCUCUGUGGUCCUACCGCUGUGCAAGCCAGACAGACUUGCAAUCAUUAGUUACAUCUUCGAGUAUGCCUUCUUGUACGAUAAUGUCGUUGAAUCAUCUGCCAAAGCAAUAUUGAACACACAUGCAGAUAAUAUCGGCCUGGAUGAAACGGAGUACCGCACCGUGCGAUCGGUGUCAGGAACAAAACAGAUUCAGUCCAAGAUGAUGCUCGAACUGCUCUCCAUUGAUCCGGUGUGUGCCGAAGUUGUUCUUGACUCCUGGAAAACGAUGAUCGCGACAACUGCGAAGCACGACAAAGCAAGGCCGUUCAGUAACCUAGACGAAUAUGUGGACUACCGAAUCAUUGACACCGGGGCGCCCUUCGUCGAUACAUUGAUGCGUUUUGGCAUGGGCAUCCUGUUGACAGAGGAAGAGAUCAAGACCGUUGCCCCCAUUGUUAAACCUUGUUAUGCGGCGCUAGGCUUAGCCAACGACUACUUCUCAUUCGACGUGGAGUGGAAGGAAUUCCAGGAGAGAGUGUGUGACGAAGGUGCCAUGACGAGCGCAGUAUGGCUGUUUAUGCAGUGGAACAAUGUCGAUAUUACAACGGCAAAGAGACUAGUGCGGGAGGUGACAAACCAGUACGAGGAAGAAUACCAAAGGCGUGUGGAGGAAUUCAUUCUGGGACAAGGACGCAACGCUACCAAGCUACAUACUUACUUGCAAGCGUUGGCGUACCAGAUUCCCGGCAACAUAGCCUGGAGUUUGCGUUGUCCAAGGUACCAUUCCGAACUUUGCGACGAGGCAGGCCGCCUUCUGGAGAAUGAAAUAUCCUCUGAAAAGGCAACCAACGUAUUAAGUCGCCCUGGCGACCAUGAGCGACAGUCAAAUACAUCCGGAUCUGAGAAGUCGCCGGUGUGGACUGCGGAUGAGAAUUCCUCGAAAAGGUCGUCUGCAUCAUCUAUUGAUGCAUUCGCAGAAGAGAUUCAACUACCUAAGCAGGAGCAGCUAGGCACAGAGGUAGGGCUCAUGGCAAUCUAUUAUAGUCCGGCUGACUACAUUCGCUCCCUUCCGUCAAAAGGUGUCCGAGAAGCAUUCGUUGAUGCGAUGAAUGUCUGGCUAAUCCUUCCAAACGAUGUCGUAAGCCGCGUGAAAUCCAUCGCAGAAACACUUCACAACGCUUCUCUGCUGCUAGACGAUAUCGAAGACUCAUCGCCACUCCGCCGGGGGCAACCAGCAGCCCAUAUGAUAUUUGGACAGGGCGAAACCAUAAAUUCAGCCAACUACCUACUAAUACAGGCGAUGGACCAAGUACGAAAGCUCGAGAAUCCGCGCUGCAUGGAUGUUUUCGUGGAAGAGAUGCGGAACCUUUUCAUCGGCCAGAGCUUCGAUCUCUAUUGGACUCGGCAGGGCGAGUGUCCAUCACAGAAUGAAUACCUCGAGAUGAUUAGCCAAAGCGGCCUCUUUCGCUUACUCGCUCGGCUGAUGACGGAAAAGGCACCUUCACAACACAACAGCACUACCACACUUGACUCGCUCGUCAGCCUACUAGGGCAAUACUUCCAAAUCCGCGACGAUUACAAGAAUCUAACAGAAGAUUAUACAACCCAAAAAGGAUUCUGCGAAGACCUCGACGAGGGCAAAUAUUCCUUCCCAUUAGUCCAUGCGCUCACUACGCAACCGCACAACUUCCAGCUGCGUGGUAUCCUGCGGGAAUCGCGAAAUACACAAGGCAUGAGUUUGCCACUCAAAGAAUGUGUUCUUCAACAGCUGGGACAGGCUGGAAGCAUGGAGUAUACCCACUCGAUAUUGGCAAAGCUAAUGAAGGAUAUUAUGAGUGAGAUUGGGUCAGUGGAACAGAAGACUGGGUGCUCGAACUGGGUGCUACGAUUGUUGGUGACUCGACUGCAAGUUUGA